AUGAGUGACUCUGAGGAGAGAGAGGAGGCUGCAGGUCCCAGUGAGACACUCAGACCAGAGUCUGAAGACAUGGAUGAUCCUGGGUCACCAACACAGUCUGAUGGAGGGCCACCGAUACACAGACCUCCAUCUCCAACACCCAGCAGUGUGUCUAUAAAGAGUGAUGGAUCCAUGCAUGAUCCUCCAGCUCUAGACAAUGGACCAGCUGCACAGCCUACACCUGAAUCACAGAUAAACAGACCUCCAUCUCCAACACCCAGCUGUGUGUCUAUGAAGAGUGAUGGAUCCAUGCAUGAUCCUCCAGCUCUGGACAGUGGACCAGCAGCACAGCCUGAUGGGUUGAUGGCUGAUCAUUUGAGGGAUGGAGUGCAAGAAGAGGUACUGGAUGGAUACAAUAACAACUCAGGGAAUGAUGUCCUGAGGAGAGUUAUAGAGAAUCAUAAAGCCAGUCUGAAGAAGAUGUUUGAGAACAUAUCUGAAGGCAUUAUCAAACCUGGAGCUGAGAUACUCCUCAACAAGAUCUACACAGAGGUCUACAUCACAGAGGGAGAGAGUGAAGGGGUGAAUAAGGAACAUGAGGUCUGGCAGGUAGAGUCAGCAUCCAGAUCUCAAGCUACAGAAGACACAGCAAUCAACUGCAAUGACCUCUUCAAACCCUUACCUGGACAUGAGAAGCACAUCAGAACUGUGAUGACCAAAGGUGUUGCUGGUAUUGGAAAAACAGUCUUAGUGCAGAAGUUUAUUCUUGAUUGGACAGAUGGGAUAGCCAACCAGGAUGUAGACUUCAUGUUUCCACUUCCUUUCCGUGAGCUGAAUUUAGUCAAGAGUGAAACAUAUAGUCUUCACAAGCUCCUGCUUGACUUCCACCCUGAGUUAAAGGAGCUAAAGGAUGGUGAAGAAUAUAAAGACUGUCGGGUUGUGUUUAUCCUUGAUGGUCUGGAUGAGAGUCGGUUACCUCUGAAUUUCCAACAGACCAUGAUGUCUGAUUUAAAAGAGGCAUCAUCAGUGGAUGUUCUGAUGACAAGCCUCAUUCAGGGAACUCUGUUUCCCUCUGCUGUCAUCUGGAUAACCUCGCGACCAGCCGCAGCCAAUCAAAUUCCUCUGCAGUAUAUCAACCAAGUUACAGAAGCACAAGGAUUUACUGACCCACAGAAGGAAGAGUACUUUAGGAAGAGAAUCAGUGAGGAGAGUCAGGCUAACAGAAUCAUAUCCCACAUUAAGACAUCCAGGUGUCUUCACAUCAUGUGCCAUAUUCCUGUCUUCUGUUGGAUUGCAGCCACUGUGCUACAACAGAUGCUAGAACUGGACAACACCCAGGAAAUCCCUAAAACUCUCACUGAAAUGUUCAUACACUUCUUGCUCGUCAAGGGCAAAAUGAAGGAUCAGAAAUAUCAAGGGGACUAUGGAACAGAUAAGAAGAAGAGGCUCUUGAAAUCGCAGAAAGAAAGUAUACUGAAACUAGCAGAACUGGCUUACAAGGAUCUAGAGAAUGGCAAUCUGUUAUUUUAUGAAGAGGACCUGAUAAAGUGCGGCAUUGACAUCAGUGAAGCCUCGGAAUGUUCUGUCAUGUGCGCAGAGAUCUUAAAGGAAGAACCUGUGUUAUAUCAAAAGACCUACUGCUUUGUUCAUCUGAGCAUCCAGGAGUUUCUGGCCGCUCUGUAUGUGUUUCACUCUUAUGUGACCAACAACCUUGAGGCACUGAACUCCCUCCUCAGUGAAGAACAUGGAGAUUAUCCCUGCCCCUUAAAGUCAUCAUGUCUUACUCUUCAAUCAGUACUGGGCUUACAAUCACCAACUCACCUAGAUUGGUUGCUAAAGAGUGCAUUGGACAGGGCUUUGAAGAGCAGGAAUGGACACCUGGAUCUUUUCAUUCGCUUCCUUAUGGGUAUCUCCCUGGAGAGCAAUCAGAGACUUCUUAAUAGUCUCCUAAACCACACAAAUGGCAUCUCAGAGACAUGUGAUUACAUAAAGAAGCUGAACAGAAAAUAUCUCUCUCCUGAACAAUGCAUCAAUCUUUUCCACUGUUUGUUUGAAAUGAAGGAUCAUUCCACGCACAAAGAAAUUCAGGAAUAUUUGUCAUCAUCAAAGAAGAUCAAGCAGAAGUUAUCUCCUGCUCACUGUUCAACGCUGUCCCAAAUGCUUCUAAUGUCUGAGGAGGUGCUGAGUGAAUUUGACCCGAAGAAGUACAACACGUCAGAUGAGGGACGUAAGAGACUGCUCCCAGCUUUGAAGCGCUUCAGAAAUGGACGACUAGCUGGCUGUAAAGUCACUGUAAAAUCUUGUGAAAUUAUAGCCAGUGUUCUACGGACACCAAACUCCCUGAUAGAGCUGGACCUGAAGAACAAUGCCCUGGGAGAUUCUGGAGUUCGGCUUCUUGCUACAGGACUGUUUAGUUCUCACUGCAAGCUGCAGCUGUUAAGACUUGCUGGAUGUAAACUCACAAAUAAGUCCUGUGAGCUGGUGGCCUCAGUUUUGCAAUCUUCAAAAUCCCUGAUGGAGCUGGACAUGAGUACCAAUAACCUGGGAGAUUCUGGAGUUCAGCUUCUUUUUAAAGAAUCCCACUGCAAACUGCAGACAUUAAGACUUGCAGAGUGCAACCUAACAGAGACAUCCUGUGAGAUUGUGGCUUCAGUUCUACAGUUACAAAACUCCCUGAUAGACCUGGGCCUAAGUCACAAUGAUCUGAGAGAUUCUGGAGUUCAGCUUCUCUCCAAAGGACUGUCUAGUCCCCACUGCAAGCUGCAGACAUUAAGACUCUCUGAUUGUCUCAUCUCUAUGGGAGGUUGUGGUUUUCUGGCUUCAGCUCUAACUUCAAACUCCUCCCACCUAAAGGAGCUGGACCUGAGUUACAACCAUCCUGGGGAAUCAGGACUAAAGCUGUUAUCUGUUAGACUUGAGGAUCCUCACUGUAAACUGGAGACACUUAAGAUUGACCAUUGUGCAGAAAUCAGACUGAGAGGAGUACAGAGAUAUGUCUCUGAGCUUACACUGGACCCAAACACAGCACACCGAGAUCUUGCUCUUUCUCUGGGUAACAGAAAGGUGACAUGGGUAUUGAAGAAGCAGCCGUAUUCUGACCACCCGGAGAGAUUUGAUUUUUGGCCUCAGGUAUUUUGCAGAGAGGAUCUGUCUGGACGCUGUUACUGGGAGGCUGAGUGGAAUGGGCCUGAAGUGACUGACAUAAGUGUGGCCUACAAAAGCAUUGAGAGGAAAGGGGUUAAUGCUGACAUCAUACUGGGACGUAAUGCUAACUCCUGGAGUCUAUGCUGCUCUCCUGACAGGUACUCUGCCUGGCACAAUAAUAAUGAGACUCCCAUACCUGUCCCCUCCUCCGGCUCCAGACGAGUAGGAGUGUAUCUGGACUGGCCGGCCGGCACUCUGUCCUUCUACAGCGUCUCCUCUGAUACACUCACCCACCUGCAUACAUUCCACUCCACGUUCACAGAGCCCCUCUGUCCAGGGUUUAGGGUUUAUUAUUCCUCAGUGUCCCUGUGCCAGAUCAGAUGA